AUGAAAUGGUAUAUACAAGGGUUGGUGUUUGGAUACCUCAGUGCCCCCCAAAGAACUGGGAGGCUAGGUCGUGGUCUGGAGAUGGGAGACGGCCAUCAGGAGCACUCCACUCAACUGGGUUCCUCGGCUCACUCGAUCGAGCUUGCGGCUCCUCUUCUCCUCUUCUUCAUCGUCAAAGUGGUGUGGCUUCCUUGGCCUUGGUGGAGCUGUGCUCGCUCGAAGGGGAAGUCCUGGUACUGGGUUGAUCGUACUCGAAUCCCAGGGUUCUCAACAGGGGCUCCUCCAGGUCAACUCGACCCUCAGCUCGAUCGAGUUUCCUCUGUUUGGACUCGAUCGAGUCCGGUGGUCGAGCUGGAGCGUCUUGGAACUCUUCCUCCUUCUCUGCGAGUUGUCUCUCCUUCCCUUGGCUCGAAAUGA